AUUUCUGCAUAACCUUCUCAGAGUCUCCUCUCAGCUGCUCGGAGGAAGCUUUUGCACGGCACCUCUUUUCCCCAGCGUCGGGAGCUGCUAACAAGUGCCAGGCUGGAAGUGGCUUGGGAGAGCAGGGGGGACCAGUAGGAGUUGAAGAGAAAUUAGUUGGGCUUCAAACACUUUCACUCAUCAACAUCAUUCCUCCCCCGAUUCCUGCCAAACCUCAGCUGGGGUAAUUGCACUUAAGAAUGAACAUUGAAGACAAGCUGGGAGGAUUAUUUCUUAAAUGUGGUGGCAUAGACCAGAUGCAGUCAUCCAGGGCUAUGGUAGGGAUGGGUGCAGUAUCUGACCAGUCUGGAGUAUCGAGAGAACGGCAAGAGGCAGUGCUUCAAGAUCGGACUAUGCCGCACCAAGAAAUUCUUGCAACAGAUGAAGUGUUACAGGAAAGUGAACUUCGACAGCAAGAGAUGAUUUCACAUGAUGAACUCAUGGUCCAUGAGGAGACGGUAAAAAAUGAUGAUGAAAUGGAUGCACAAGAUAGACUUCCUCAAGGGCUGCAGUAUGCUGUUAAUGUCCCUAUCAGUGUAAAGCAAGAAAUUACCUUUACUGAUGCAUCUGAACAACAGAAACGAGACAAAAAACAAAUACGAGAGCCAGUAGAUUUGCAGAAAAAGAAGAAAAGAAAACAGCGUUCACCAGCAAAAAUCCUUACAAUAAAUGAGGAUGGAUCACUUGGUCUGAAAACCCACAAAUCUCAUGUUUGUGAGCAUUGCAAUGCUGCCUUUAGAACCAACUACCAUUUACAGAGACAUGUCUUCAUUCAUACAGGUGAAAAACCAUUUCAGUGCAGUCAGUGCGACAUGCGUUUCAUACAGAAGUACCUGCUACAGAGGCAUGAGAAGAUUCAUACUGGUGAAAAGCCAUUUCGUUGUGAUGAAUGUGGUAUGAGGUUUAUUCAGAAGUAUCACAUGGAAAGGCACAAAAGAACUCACAGUGGAGAGAAGCCUUACCAGUGUGAAUAUUGUUUGCAGUAUUUCUCCAGGACUGAUCGCGUGCUGAAACACAAACGUAUGUGCCAUGAGAACCGCGAGAAGAAACCCAACAGAAGUGCCACCAAAGUUGGCUUUUUGCCAUCAGAGGAAGAUUCUGGUUUCUCUACGCCUCUGAAAGACAGCUCCUUGCCAAAGAAGAAAAGGCAGAAAACAGAGAAAACAAAAUCUGGGGAUAAGGAAAGUUCAGAUAAAUCAGAACACAAGAAGGACAAAAAUGACUAUUUGCCUUUGUACUCUUCUAGUACUAAAGUAAAAGAUGAAUAUAUGGUAGCGGAAUAUGCUGUUGAGAUGCCACAUUCUUCGGUCGGUGGAUCGCACUUAGAGGAAGCAAAUUCUGGAGAAAUACACCCACCUAAGCUUGUUCUCAAAAAGGUCAACAAGAGGAGUCUAAAGCAGCCACUUGAGCAAAGUCAAACCAUUUCACCUUUAUCUACAUAUGAAGACAGCAAGGUUUCCAAGUAUGCCUUCGAUCUUGUGGAUAAGCAAAGUUUACUGGACUCUGAAGGUAAUGCUGACAUUGAUCAAGUCGACACAUUACAGGAAGGGCCCAGUAAACCUGUACACAGCAGCACUAAUUAUGAUGAUGCAAUGCAGUUUUUGAAGAAAAAGAGGUAUCUACAAGCAGCUAGUAACAACAGUCGAGAAUAUGCCUUGAAUGUAAGUACCAUAGCAUCUCAACCUUCAGUAACGCAGGCAGCUGUGGCCAGUGUCAUUGAUGAAACUGCUACAGCCUCAAUACUGGACACACAGGCACUGAAUGUUGAAAUUAAAGGUAACCAUGACAAAAAUGUCAUUCCAGAUGAGGUACUGCAAACUCUUUUAGAUCAUUAUUCACACAAGGCUAAUGGACAGCAUGAGAUCUCUUUCAGCGUGGCUGACACAGAAGUGACCUCUAGUAUAUCCAUCAAUUCCGCUGAAGUAUCUGAGGUGACCCCAUCUGAGACGGUUGGAACAAGCUCUCAAGCUUCCUCAUCAGAUAAAGCUAGUAUGUUACAAGAAUAUUCAAAGUUUUUACAGCAAGCUUUGGACAGAACUAGCCAAAAUGAUGCCUAUUUGAACAACCCGAGCCUUAAUUUUGUGACUGAUAACCAGACACUUACAACCCAGCCAGCAUUUCCUUCCAUGGAGAAGGUCUACACAUCUAUACCCGUCAAUAGCUUUCGGUCGGGAAUGAACUCUCCAUUAAGAACAACUCCAGACAAGUCUCACUUUGGACUAAUGGUUGGUGAUUCUCAGCACCCUUUUCCCUUUUCAGGUGAUGAGGCAAAUCAUUCUUCUUCCUCCUCUACACAGGACUUCUUGGAUCAAGUAACUUCUCAGAAGAAAGCAGAGGCACAGUCUGUUCAUCAGGCAUAUCAAAUUAGCUCCUUUGAGCAGCCCUUUAGAGCUCAGUACCAUGGGGCAAGAGCUGGAAUAUCCUCUCAGUUUAGCACUGCCAAUGGACAGGUGAACCUUCGGGGACCAGGGACAAGUGCUGAUUUCCCAGAAUUUCCCUUGGUGAAUGUAAAUGAUAGCAGAGCUGGGAUGACUUCUUCACCUGAUGCCACAACGGGCCAGACUUUUGGCUAAGAAAUUUUUGUAAAUAAUACUGGCACUUUAGAACACAUUUGUCAAAAGGGGGUUGCUCUGUAUAAGAUGGAGUUCUGUACAGCUUUUAAGAGCGCUAUGUUAAAACAGAAGUAAGCUGAUAUUAGCAAGACCAAUAACUGCUUCUUUUUUCUUUUUUUCUUUUUUUCUUUUUUAAAAAAAUUUGUUCUUUAGCCAUCAGUCAUUGAACUGCCUGAUGUUGGUGCCCCUAUCAAAGGCAGUUUAUUAUUCACUUGUUUGAAUCCAGAAAAUAUUUUACCUUCUAUGAAAUUUCAAAAUAAACAAAAUCCCCAGGUAAGACUUUCCCCCAUGAUUGUUUCCUUGCUGGUUUCCUUGUAUGCUUUGGGAGGACAGUUUUUUGUCUGAUACUAUUCACAAUGUCAUUUCUAAGCUUGUCAGCAUAGUUGUUGCUCUUCAGCAGGGAAUCAACGUGUACUAAACACACAGAAUAAACAAGUAAGUUUUGGAAGUCAAACAAAUAUGCUUUAAAAGAAAGCAAUUCCUAGAAAAAUCUUCAGUCUCUCUCAAAAAUAAUUUUAGACCAUGUGCCCUUUAUUUCUCCUUUGCAUUACCUCGAGUUGUGUUUGGAGGGAAAGAAAGUGAAUUCUGAUAGACUAACUCUACUAUUUAAAAGUCUAAUUAAUUUAAAAUACUUUAAACACUUUUUUAAGCAAAAUGCCUAACUGCUAAAGCCUUUACUUCAUUCCAGAAGUAAUGUGUAUUUCUUUGUACAGCUGAAUCUAGAUGUAACUUUUUAAUGACUUUUUCAUAUGCAGAAACCAAGAUUUUGAAGUUUUAGUUAAAAUACUCUGUAGAUGACAUUCCCAAUUGCAAAAUGCUUACACAAACAGUGUAUUCCAAGAUUUAAAAGCUUAAUUGUACCUUACCCUACAUACUCAUAACGAUUAACAUAGAGCACUUAGCCAACUUUAUAGUUUUUGAUUUCUCAAAAAAUAAAACCAUUUUUAGAUGUUUAGGUUUGAUACGGUUGCAUCAUUUUCAUCUCAUACAGCAGCUCCAGUAAUUCUUUUCCGUAUACUUGAGAUUGGGUAUUUUUAGCUUCUGUAAAAACUGUUUUAAUUCUCUGUCUAGAAUUUUGACAAUUCCAAUUAUUAAUUUUAUUGAAGUAUCCCUGAAAGCUGAAGAAGUGGGCAUUCAAAUUCCCUAUUUUUUAGUGUUUGCUUAGUAAAAGUCACUACAAUUUUACCAAUGCAAACUGGUGAAUGAUGCUAGUGAGCGGGAUUUCUUUUUCCAGCCUAGGAGAGUGAUCAGAAGUUUUCAUUGCAUUUCACAGUAUAAAUAAACUGCAAAGUUUAUCCCUGUACCAUGAAUAUGUUUUUUUGAAUAGUACUUUGUCUUGAAGUAUACAGUAUGGUACGAUAAGUAGUUCUGUGUGCAUUUUUAAGGUGGUAAGAUUUGAGUAGCCUAACUAUUGUGUAGUUUAAGUUAACAAGUUCCAGAUUUUUGAACUGUAUGUUCAUUCUAUUGCACCUUCCCUAAAGGGACACUGUCUGGUAGUUCAAGGCAGUUUAAGCCUCAUGUAGGCUGAUUAACCAGGGAAAAACACACACACACACACACACACACACACACACAUACACACACACAUACACAUAUAGGUAGGUGUGUAUAUGGUGGUUUUUAAAAUAGGAUUUCAUCCAGGUUUUUACAGCACUGUUGCUAGCUAGUGUGUCUCAGAUAAAGCCAUCAGGUAGGAGAAAAGGCUGCAUCUCAAGGGGCUAAAAUAUAUCCUGUCUUUUAAGAAAGGACUUGAGCAGGACCUAGAACAGUUCCCACCUCUUACCAAAGCAGUAGCAAUAUUUUUCUGAAUUUUCAUUACCAGGAAACUGAUCCCACUUUGUCUUUUCCCUUAUGGGAGCACUAAUACAGAACUAACUUCACUUGGUACCGUUGAGGGACAAAGGGCAUUUAUUAUCCAUAGCCUACUUCUUCUAUUGGCAAGAAUACAGUUUAUAUAAACUAAUUUCUUCAUACUUUUGUAUAAGAAAGCAGGCUUUUUUGAUUUGUUGACCCUGUGUGUAAUACAGUAAGGCAUUUCAGCAUGCUAUGACUUACCAGUAAUUUUGUCUGAAUAUUUGGCCACGACUUGAAAAGAGUGGGCAUCAAGGGAGAAGAGUAAAUUCCUUAUGGAUUAUUAAUGAUACUUGUAAAGAAAUUUCUUUGAAAGAAUAUUUUUAAACUGAUUUGUGGUCUCUCUGUUUUUUUUUUUCCUUUAUGGUCAGUUUGGUUUUUUGACUUUCCAUUGUGUGUUGCACAGAAAUAACUAAAGGGUCCCUAUAUCCCAGGAAACCACCUCUUGUAAGGCAUACUUUGUUUUCAGUGUCCAUUUCCAUGACAUCCUAGCUUGUGGUGCCUGAAUAAUACUGUGUUGGCACUUUUGUUCCUAUGCCCUGAUCUUGCAAGGAGAUGGCAAUUGUACUAUUUGUUAAAUAUAGCAAGGAACAAAAGAGAAAAAAAAAAAGAAAAAAAAGGCUGGGUUAUUACUGUGUUACUGCACUGCUGUGGGCCCAUAGAGAGGUAAGAGGAAUGAAGCCUCCUUCUCCCUGAGGGGACUGACUCAGCUUUAUUUAAAAAAAGUUGCUGCAUUGACACUCUGGUGUGAGAUUGUGAUUGAGGACUCGGAGGGAGUGGCUCUGCCAUGCCACUGUCACACUUGGGAAUCACUCUGAGGGUGUGUGAGGGAGCAGGCUGCUGCACAGACUGAAGGAACCUGCUCUUCCCUGCAGCCAAACGGGGAUCACCAGAGGAACUGCUGUUCCUUCCAUCCCAGCUCAUUCCCUAGCCUGCUGCUGAGCCAUUCCAGCUGCACUCUGUGCCUUAGGACAGGCUAUGAAGUCCCCUAAGCCACAGGGGCUGUCUUGUAGGGUUCUUCCACGUGUACACGUGUACAAUUAAAGUGGUGUGAGUAGCUGAUCUGCUGAUGCUUGAAGCUUUCUGCACUGGAGGAGUUAGCCAAAUGUACUGCUGUGAUUUCCUGAGUACAUCCCUUUCUAUCCUGGAAAAAGUGUUUAUGUAGUCCUGGGAGGUUUAGCUCUGUAAAAAGCUCUUGCUUGUUUAAUAAUGGCAUUAUUUAAUAAUGUUUUUCACUGCUCAUGUUUUGCUGCUUUUAAUCUGCUGCAGAUGCACACUCUUCAUGUUGAUCUGGUCAUUUUUGUUAGUUUUCUGUGUAUGUGUGGAAAAAAGCAGCUUUGGUUGUCUGUUCUGUUCUUAUGCUGUCAGUAUAAGGCUGGGGUGAGCAUGGAGAUUCCCCUGAGCUAACAGCAGCCCUUCCUACCAAAAGGUCAUGUGAGCACCAGAUAUGUGUGUGUGUGUAAGGUGGAAUUUUUGGGGAUAUCUACUAGUGAUAGCGCAAUGAUAAUUUUGAAAAAGAAGAAAUUGAUGACAUUUAUUACCAAGCUCUCUCUUUCUACAUAUAUAUAUAUAUAUAUAUAUAUAUAUAUAUACAAAAUACAUAUAUAUAUAUAUAUACACACACAUGCACUUAUUAAUAGGCCAUAUUUUGGUCCUAAAUUACUUGACAGUGUCCCUUUUAGCAUGAAUCUUUUGAUAUAUUUUGCCAUUAAUAUAACAGACAAUGAAGGAAUCAGCUUGUAAUGGUAUACUAAUAGGCAUUUACAUUUUCUUCAUUUGAUUUGAGAAUGCAUUAAUCAUAAAUGACAAGUUUUGGGGAGAAGGAUUAACCAUGUGUAUUACUGUAUGUUGGUUUACGAAUAACGACAUAAACAAUUUAAAUUGGAUGAUAAAAGAACCAUGUUUAUGA